UACAGAGUAGCAGUGAGAGGCAUUUCCUUUUCCUGUGGGAGCAGCCGGGUCGAGAGGAUCGUGGCCUUCUCCUCUCCCCGCCAUGGCUUGUGCCCGUCCCCUCAUAUCAGUGUACUCUGAAAAGGGGGAGUCAUCUGGCAAGAAUGUCAAAUUGCCAGCUGUGUUUAAAGCCCCUAUUCGACCGGAUAUUGUGAACUUUGUGCACACCAACCUGAGGAAAAACAACAGACAGCCCUAUGCCGUCAGUGAAUUGGCAGGUCACCAGACCAGUGCUGAGUCUUGGGGUACUGGCAGAGCUGUGGCUCGAAUUCCAAGAGUUCGAGGUGGUGGGACCCACCGUUCUGGCCAGGGUGCCUUUGGAAAUAUGUGUCGUGGGGGCCGCAUGUUUGCGCCAACCAAAACCUGGCGUCGUUGGCACCGCAGAGUGAACACAACCCAAAAGCGAUAUGCCAUCUGUUCUGCUCUGGCUGCCUCAGCCUUACCAGCUUUGGUGAUGUCUAAAGGUCAUCGAAUUGAGGAAGUUCCUGAGCUGCCUUUGGUGGUGGAAGAUAAGGUUGAGGGUUACAAGAAGACCAAGGAGGCUGUUCAGUUGCUUAAGAAACUUAAAGCCUGGAAUGACAUCAAAAAGGUCUAUGCUUCUCAGAGGAUGAGAGCUGGCAAGGGCAAAAUGAGAAACCGACGGCGCAUCCAGCGCAGGGGGCCGUGCAUCAUCUAUAAUGAAGACAGUGGAAUCAUCAAGGCCUUCAGGAACAUCCCUGGUAUUACUCUGCUUAAUGUAAGCAAGUUGAACAUUUUGAAACUUGCUCCUGGUGGGCAUGUGGGACGUUUCUGCAUUUGGACUGAAAGUGCUUUCCGGAAGUUAGACGAAUUAUAUGGCACUUGGCGUAAGGCUGCUACCCUCAAGAGUAACUAUAACCUUCCCAUGCACAAGAUGAUGAACACAGACCUUAGCAGAAUCUUGAAAAGCCCGGAAAUCCAAAGAGCCCUCCGAGCACCACGCAAGAAGAUUCAGCGUAGAGUCUUGAAGAAGAAUCCACUGAAGAACCUGAGAAUCAUGUUGAAGCUGAACCCUUAUGCAAAGACUAUGCGCAGGAAUACCAUUCUUCGCCAGGCCAGAAAUCACAAACUUCGCGUGAAGAAACUGGAAGCAGCAGCAGCAGCACUGGCAGCCAAGUCAGAGAAGGUUGUGGCAGAGAAGGGGGCUGCAGGCAAGAAAGAAAAGAAGCCUGUAGAUGUCAAGAAGAUGAAGAAGCCUUCAGGAAAGAAGGCUGCCCCAGUCAAGAAGCCAGCAGCUGAGAAGAAGCCAGCAGAGAAGAAACCUACUGCAGAAGAAAAAAAGCCUGCUGCAUAAACUAUUAAAAUUUGUAUCAUUCCAUAGAACAAAUAGAGACAGGUCUAUUUGAAUAAAAACCUAAUCAAAGAUGCA